UCAUUGCUAACGCGCGACCCCGCACACUUCCUCAGUUCCUCUACGGCCAAACGACGUCGUGUAACAAAAUAGAGAGAUUUUUAGAGCGUGAAAUCCUUCCCUGAACCCUCACUCCGCCUGAAUCUCAUCACUCUCAAACAAAUUAGAGAGAUUUAGAGUGAGAGAAAUGGGGAGAUCGGCGACGACGAAGGAUGCCCACGCCCUGUUUCACUCUCUCCGCUCUGCCUACGCCGCAACCCCUAAUCAACUCAAGAUCAUUGAUCUCUACAUUCUGUUCGCUGUCGUCACCGCUGUGAUUCAGGUUGCUUACAUGGCUAUUGUUGGAUCAUUCCCAUUUAACUCCUUUCUUUCUGGUGUACUUUCAUGCGUGGGGACUGCUGUGCUUGCUGUUAGUCUCCGAAUUCAAGUAAACAAAGACAACAAGGAAUUCAAGGAUUUACCUCCUGAACGUGCUUUUGCAGAUUUUGUACUCUGCAAUCUAGUGCUUCAUUUGGUUAUUGUGAACUUCCUAGGAUAACUGGAAAAGAGAUGAGCUUGUUUGAGCUUUGAGUUGUACUCCAAUAGAAUCAUUGUAAUGGUCUUAUUACAAGUGUUACCUGUUACUGGAUUUUUUCACAUGAGAGUGACUGUAAUAUUUUGACGAAAUGUGUUUCUGAAUCUUUACCAGUUGGAAAUAAUUAAAUUAAAAUCUUUAGCUA